AUGGAUCUAGAUUAUAAAUACAACGCUAUCUUGAUUAUUAGAAAUUGUUACUCAUCGGUUAUACAAAAAUCAUCAAACGAAAAUGUCCAAGAUCAAACUAUCUCAGAUACGUUACCUACACAAUGUGCACUUUUGCCAGAUCAAAAUUAUCUUAGUGUACUGCCUGGAUUUGGAUGGGAUAAUUUGGUUAAUCGUGAACGCGGUCCUAUAAUAGAUGUGGAGAAAUACUCCAUGUGCCGACGUUCUGCCGAUGGGAAGUUCAUGAUCCCGGAUGAUAUAACUGUUCAACCAUUAAAGAAUUCAGAAAUUAAAUUAUCCUCUGAAGUCUAUGAAUCAAUCAGUCAAUGUCAUUCAUUAAUAGCCUAUUCGAUCAAUUCAGUAUUAGGUGGUGAAUAUUCAUUUUUUCGUAUCAAUGGAGAUUUUUCAUUCGAUAAAGAAAUAUUACGUGAAAAACUAAGUCAGAAAUUAGGACUGAUUGUUCAAAGUGAAAUGCGUCAUAAUCGUUAUUUUAUUCAAUUAAUACCUGAUUCUAAAUUACAUUCACGUUUUAAAAAUCGUCUCUUAGAUAUCGCCGCAUAUUUAGAACGUGGAAAUGUAACAAUGGAAACUAUUGAAUUAUUUAAUAAUGGUCUGAUUGGUAAUACAUUAAGAAAUUCAUUAGGAAUAUUAACAAAUGAUAAUUUCAAAUCACUAAGUGAAGGUAUGAAUGCAUUUUAUCUAGCUGAUUUAGUUGUUAGAGAUUUCGGUACACAUUGUAUCAAUUCAAUUCAUGCUGGAGGUGUUUUAGCAAAAAUUGACACAUUAGACACAAAUUCAUUAAAUAUUAAAAAAGAAGAUCGAUGGCAUUUAGGUGCAUCAGCAUCAUCAAGUUUUGCUAAUCUUUUCAAUGUGAAACUAUCUGCAUCUCUAAACAAUAAUAACUCUGUGACUGAAAACUAUGAAAGUAAAAUAACUUACAGUCAAAUUUUAACCUACGGUGGUCCUAUUAUUUAUAUGUCUAAUGUGAAUUUAUCACUUUGGGAAUCCGGUUUAGACAAUCAACUAGUUGCUAUUGACAGAAAUGGACAGCCUAUUUAUGAAUUAAUCACAGAUAGAUCAUUGCCUGAAUUAUCCGGUCAUAUGAUAGUUCGAUUGACUGCAACAUUGAAAUCAGCUGUUGAAAGAUAUUAUAAAGCAAAUAUGGUAGUUGGUUGCAUGAAUCCUUUAUCAGUUUUUUAUGAUAAUGAAGCUAAUGUAGCAUCGCCUGAAUGUGAUCUACAAAGUAAACAAAUUACAAAUUCCACUUUAUAUCUUGGAGGAGUUUAUCAAAAAUGUACUGGUCCAGAUGAUUUAUGUCUUGGUGAAACUAUACCGAAUCCACUUACUGGUGAUUUAACUUGUUCACCAGGUUACACAUCGAUACAAUUGUUACCACAACAAAUUAGAAAAUGUUACAGUGUAUGCAAUGAGAAAUCUUGGUUUAAAAAUUCCGAAUGUACAACUAAUUGUGCUAUUACUGAAUCUUAUUGGUGUUCACGUGAUCCAUCGUUACCCAAUACAUUGGACGAUUAUGAUAAUGGUUAUUUAUUUGGUGGUCUAUAUACAGAUAAAGAAGUGAACAGUUUAACUAAACAAUAUAAUUGUCCACAAUAUUACUGGCCAAUUGCACUUGGUCGACGUAUGCGUAUUUGUCUAUCAAGUGAUCGUGAAUUAGGCGGCAAAUAUUCAUUACCAUUUGGUGGUUUCUAUAGUUGUUAUUCUGGGAAUCCUUUAACUGUUUUAAUUAAUACCAAUCAAACGAAGGAUAUAGAUGGUAAUAUAAACCAGUCUCGAAUGCCGGAAUGGUUUAAAAUGCAACAACAUCGACACCAACAACAACAACAACAACAAAACCAUGAAACAAUGCAGUCAAUGUCACGCAAUGAUGAUUUGACACCUUUCAAUGAACAAUUUGUACAGAAUGAUUUUUCACAGAUAUUUACGGCAUUAUGGCCGAAAAAAUGUCCAGUUGGAUAUACAGCACAUCUAGCUGCUAUGGAAGAUAUAUGUCAAGUAAAUUACUGUGUUCAAGCAAAUUUCCUAAAAGAACAAGCAAGACGUCAACUGAAACGACCUCCAUUUGUCUUACCACUCUCGUUUAAUUCACGUUUAUUCAAAUUAAGUGAUUCAAACAACUUCAUUGGAUCAAGUUCAAAUGAAGUACACGAUAAAAAUGGUAAUAUAAUUAGAAAAAUAAAUGGGCGUUGGGAGGAGCCUAAUCAAUUCGAUAAUGAAAGUAAUGAUUGGAAACCACAAAAUAGUCAAUAUGCAUUCAUUGCAACACUGAGUACAUUAUUACCAAUUAUCACUGUUUUAAUUAUUGUCAUAUCUAUCCUCAUAUUUUACCAUGUUCGUCAACAAAGCAGGUUUGCAUCACGUCGUAAUUGAGCAUAAAUACACAUACUGAGAUGUCAACAUAACAUAUUUGUGAGAAAGCAAAUAGUUAAAAAUUAAUCCCUCAUGAGCAUAGGAAAUUCAGUUGAUUUGCACAUGACAUUUUACACAACUUUCUUAAUUUGUAAUCAGCUGAGUUGUUCCACGGACUUAUCAUUGAAUUCGUUAACUCAUUUGUGAAACAAAUACAUUUGAAUAUAUGCAUCGAAAAAAAAUUGUUCGGAAAUAUCAUGGUUAAGUUCUUUACACAAAUUUUGGAAAGGAAUUUAAACUGCUUCAUAGAUUUCUUUAGAG